AUGACGCAGCUCCUGUCCCAAGACCUUGCGAACAACGGUGGUUUAAUCCCUCUAGAACAGUUGCAACGCGCCCCUGCUUUCGAACUGCGUGGCGGAAAAGUUCUUUAUCACGUUGGCCGCGCAUUGGGAUCGGAACCUGACUCAGCGUGCGGCUUGUUCUGCUGCUCUACCUACAUGGAGAAUGACGAAGUGAUCAAGCAAGACUUAGUCCGAGUCGGAGGAGUGUUGACCACCGCCAUUCUCGGGAAGAAGAACCCCCAUCUUUGUGGCAUGUUCAUGACAACGGCAAGCGGAGUUUUGCAACAUGCUUUUGAGCCAACGCAUUGGUUAGAGUCGUUCGGUGAUAACGAUCAAGUCGAUCAAGAUGUUUGCACUUACGCCGACGAGAAUGCCGACUCCGAAGAGAAUACCGACUCCGACUCCGACUCCGAAACCGACAUCUCGGUUUCGCCCUGCCCAAUAGUUGGCGUAACUGCGCUCGCUAUCGAUUGGCAACCCGCCGAAGUCGUUGCUACCAACUUCCUCCACGCCUGGACCAGACAGGAAACUUCGGCCCCCGCCAUGUGUGAAUACACUCUCAUGAAACCGCGAUCAUGGCCCCAACUUGAGAACAAGUUUACCUUUUCCGGGACGUCGGGUCAGUCACAGACCAUCGACUCAUAUUGUACGGACGACGAGCUCACGGCAGGGCCGUUGUCGAUCGUGAUGGAUGGGUCAACCCUUCUCAGAGCGCGUUUGGUUUCUGGAGAG